AUGUUCCAUGAACUUGAAAGUGCUGUCAAAGCCUGGAUCGACGAGGGCAAUUCGGAGUCUACGAAAGGUGGAGGCUCCAUGGAAAUUCCCCAGCGGAUCGACACCGAACUCCAAGAAAAUAAAGGAUAUUCCACAACAAAUACAAGAGCCAAGAGAACCUAAAGGUCGGUCAAGGAUAUUUUUAUUUCAGCUCGAAGCCGAUCGGAAUGAGGGUGAAAAUCUUGGAGGCGCUUUAGCGAAUUUGAUGUGUUCAGUGGUAACAACAACAAAGGUCGAAACAGCGUCCAGGCCAGUCGUGAAGGUAAGUGGUUCUUUUUCCAGAUAGAUAAAUUCUUAAUUAAGCUUAAUAACUGCAGGUACUUGCAAUUAGCGUUUCUUUCAAUGGAGGCAAUAAUUUAAUUUUUUUCCUUCUGAUACAGGUAAAGAAAUAUUCAACGAAAAGAAGCUUUACAAAUUUGAACUGAUAUUGACAACUGUUUAUCGAUAUUAGCCUGCGAGCAAGCUCUCCUAUUUGAGCGAGUGAAGCGAGUCUCGCGAGAACGGGCGAGCGAGCGGCGAAGCCGCGAGGGGUCGGCCCCCCUCGCUCGCGCGUUGUCGCGAGGCCCACUUCGCUUACCCAAAUAGGAGAGCUUGCUCGCAGGCUAUAUCGAUAUAUACAUAAGCUCUUACUAAGAAUUGCCCGCACGUGUUCUACUUAUUUUUGUUUAUCAAUUUUUGUCUUUAUCUUCAUCUUUCAGAUAUUUGUUGCAUAUUCCAGUUGUCGGGUCGCUUCACUCGCCCAAAUAGGAGAGCUUGCUCUCAGGCUAGUGGUCUGGUGAUAGAACACGAGUGUACAGGUGACGAAGAGCGUCUUGUAAAAAACUUAGGAAUCAAAAACUACAAAGCCGCCGCAGUUGGCGUCACUAAAUUUUCUCCACUGCACGAUAAAGUGUUAGAAGAGAUUGGAAAAGAAAUAAAGAGAGAACUAAAGAACUACUCAAAAGAUCCGACGAACACGUACAAGUACCGAGGGGAGUUAGAGAAGCUUGCUGAUUUCCGAAAUGACCAUUUGAUUAGAGAAAUCCAACAAAAAGCACCCAACUUGCACUGCCUUGUUUCUUCGUCAUUUCCAAGGAACAAAAGAGUAAAGAACGCGAAAAACAAGGAGGCAUUGAUCUUUGCAAGCAUUCUGAAUCCAUGGAUUCCGAACUCUUAUUUUACAUUUAGAAUUUACACCAUUCUAGUGCUUUGA